GGCGGCGUCGACCUCGGAGUGCGGGCGCUUGUUAGCAGAAGCCACUGCAGCCUCUUCGGAACCAGCCAUCUCUUGAACAAUUGCUCCUAAAGAGCAGGAAAACAAGGGUCGGUGUUAUAGAUGAAGGAGGAGGAAGAGCUUGGGUUCAUCGCGAGCGGCGGGCGGUGGGCGGCCACUUGGGCAGAAGCUCGGACCACCCAACUUUUCUCCUUUCUCGCCGUGGACACCCCCCACUGUUGACGAAGCUGCAUAUUUCAGCAGUCGACACCUUUUUUUGAUCACUAGUCCGAUUGUUCGUUUCUGGCUGAUCAUCAUGGCGUCAUUUGCCAAUCCCACACAGAUCUUUGCCGACGAUGUCACCGAGGAGAAGGGUGAGAAUGCCCGUCUGUCGGCCUUUGUCGGUGCCAUCGCAGUCGGUGAUCUCGUGAAGAGCACACUGGGUCCCAAGGGAAUGGAUAAGAUUCUACAAUCUGCUUCGACCGGAGAUAUCCUCGUGACGAACGACGGUGCUACCAUUUUGAAAUCGAUCGCUUUGGAUAACGCCGCGGCAAAGGUGCUGGUCAACAUUUCCAAGGUUCAGGACGAUGAGGUUGGUGACGGUACCACGUCCGUCACCGUGCUGGCCGCCGAGCUGCUUCGUGAGGCCGAGAAGCUGGUGAACUCCAAGAUUCACCCCCAGACUAUCAUCGAGGGUUACCGGAUAGCUAGCCGUGCCGCUCUCACUGCUCUCGAGAACUCCGCUGUCGAUCGCAGCAAGGACCCCGAGGCCUUCCGCAAAGACCUGCACUCCAUCGCCCGCACAACUCUCAGCUCCAAGGUGCUGGCACAAGACCGAGACCACUUCGCCCGACUGGCCUGUGAGGCCGUCCUGCGUCUUAAGGGCUCGACCGAUCUGAGCCACAUUCAGAUCAUCAAGAAGGCCGGCGGCAAGUUGAACGAUUCCUACCUGGACGAGGGUUUCAUUCUCGACAAGAAGAUCGGUGUCAACCAGCCCAAGCGAUUGGAGAAUGCCAAGAUUCUCGUGGCCAACACUGCCAUGGACACGGAUAAGGUCAAGAUCUUCGGUGCUCGGGUCAAGGUCGAGUCGACGGGUAAGCUGGCCGACCUCGAGAAGGCCGAGCGGGAGAAGAUGCGGGCCAAGGUGGAGCGGAUCAAGUCUCACGGAAUCAACUGCUUCGUUAACCGGCAAUUGAUCUACAACUGGCCCGAGCAGCUCUUCACCGAGGCCGGUAUCAUGUCCAUUGAGCAUGCCGACUUUGACGGUAUUGAGCGCCUCGCGCUGGUGACUGGUGGUGAGAUUGCCUCCACAUUCGACCACCCUGACCAGGUCAAGCUGGGUUCUUGCGAUCUGAUCGAGGAGGUGAUUAUUGGUGAGGACACUCUGAUCAAGUUCUCGGGUGUGGCGGCUGGCCAGGCCUGCACGAUUGUGCUGCGCGGUGCUACCGAGCAGCUGCUCGACGAGGCCGAGCGUUCGCUGCACGAUGCCCUCGCGGUCCUCUCGCAGACCGUCAAGGAUCCCCGCGUUACCCUCGGUGGUGGCUGUGCGGAGAUGGUGAUGUCCAAGGCCGUUGAACAGGCUGCUCAGAACACCACCGGUAAGAAGCAACUGGCCGUGGACGCCUUUGCGCACGCCCUGAAGCAGCUGCCGACCAUCCUGGCCGACAACGCGGGUCUGGACUCCAGUGAUCUGGUGACUCGGCUGCGUCAGGCCAUCAACAAUGGCAUGGCCAGCUCGGGACUGGACCUGUUGACGCCCGGCGGUGGCAUUGCGGACAUGCGGGAUCUCGGCGUGGUAGAGGCGUACAAGCUGAAGAAGGCCGUCGUGUCGUCGGCCUCCGAGGCUGCUGAGCUACUCCUGCGGGUGGACAACAUCAUCCGGGCUGCCCCUCGCCGACGGGAGCGGAUGUAAUAUGAUUGAUGUGAUGUGGCGAUGAAUGACUUGUAUGCUGGGUUGUCCCCGAUUAGAAGGGGGGUUCUUUGCAAAAAUUUAAAAGAGACUAUUCAUAUUGUUCCAAUAUCCCAAAUACAUUCCAUCGAUCCAGCCAUCACGUGUUUACCUUGCAUGUAAGUGGGUCUUGUGGCCUGAUAGCCUGAUAGCCUGAUAGCCUUGUUGCCUUAACACGUGAUCUGUUCAAGUCCAUCCGUGUUCAGCCUUGUUGCCUUAGUUACCUAAUGCGUGCUGGGUCGGGCCCUGAGUCAGCACCCCUGUGAGACCCCCAAAACCACCCCCCCCAAAGACCCUCGCAGACCCUCGCAGACCCUCGCAGACCCUGGACCCUGUGGGACCCUCUCCCUAAAGCGUCAGGGUCGCUUUUGCACUAUUCCAUGACGAUCCCAGUGGGCUUUUUUUUGACCUAUAAAACGCAAUACGAUCAGACGUGAUGGACCAUGGAGAUCACCACGAUUAUGUAUACCCCGACGGAGUACAUAAAAAUCAACCCAGUUUAAAUGCGAUCAUCGGACAUGACGACAAAAACCCUGUCCGCCCGCAUGGAGUGUCUGGUGGUUCAUAGCUUCCGCCCUCAGCCGCCAGGCACCGACAGUGUGGC